AGCGUUGUAUGUCAAGGUAGGCUGUGGGCCACAAUGUACAAUACAUGUCUCAGCCACCUUAGUUACUGAAGGUUCACAACCUCAUCAGUCGGCUUAUCUGUCUCACCUACUACCCUUAACCUGACCUCUAUAUUACUAACAUAGUGAUUCCACCGUACGUAAGCCAUGCUACGAUGACGCCUAUCGUCAAAAAAACUAGUAUCUGCACAUCUGUUGAAGGCCACGUCUCAGCCGUAAAACAGGACAGAACAGGCUGCAGCGCAGUAUACUCAUUCUUCGAUAGAGAGUCUGAUAUUUCGCCAGUUGGCGCUGCAGAUGACGUGGUUUGGAAAAUGCUAAAAGGGUGCUGUAUGUCUGAGCUGUGGUCCCGUUAGCAACUAGUCCGCUCGGGUUGAUGUGACUCUCCAAAUGAAAUAUGUAAUGUGAUGCUAUAUGCAAAAGAUCAACCAGUCCUGGAAUUAAACAUCUCUUGUUUGCAUAAUGCCCAUUAAGCGAUCAUCUGGACGUUUGCCGCCUGUCAAUACACGAAAAACCUACGAAUCACCAGCGAUAUCACCACCUAUAAUCAAGCAUUGUACUUUUCCUGUUGUGCCGAAAUUCUCCAGUUUAUCAUUUCUUCUACUCAGUUUAAUAUUGUGCGUAAUAUCGACGAUAAUUCAAUAUGUGAAUCUAUACAAAACGGUGUGGUGGCUACCGAACUCAUCCAUUGAAUAUGCUAUAGAAUUCGACUUGAUCGACUAUCAUGGGUUGGCGCAUAUCCUGUUUAUGCUGUGCACUCCAUAUCUUUAUUUCAUGCUUAUUAAGAUCAUUCCAUCAUUUAUAUUGACAUCAUUUGUGAUAAGCUCAAUUCUUGGUUUCUUUAUUUUUGCCAUUUGGAGCUACGUUGUGCUAUGGAUUGUAAAUCGUAUACAAUAUUCUGGAGUGACAAUCCUACACAAUAUCUCUGGAGUACUUUUAUUAACGUAUUUUCCUGCAUUGACUCUUCUGACUUAUCAUUUCCGUUAUUUGGAGAAGGCUGUUAGUCGUUGCACCCGUCGACAGCAACAAUACUAUCACAGUACUGCCAAUAAUGUCAAUAAUAAUCAUCAAAAAACACUAUCGCGAUCCUCCUUCGUUAGCUUAAAAGGUUUUCUACAGAUCAUAUCAUCUUGCCUCAGGCGAUCCAUUGCAAUAUUUACAGACUGGCCAUGCCUUUCUUCAAAGAAUAUAUUUUUCCCAUUAUCGUAUUCAUCUGUAUCAUCUUUUCGAAUAUUAAAAGACAAUUCAUUAAUUCAAACUGCUUAUUAUACAAUGGAUUUAAACUCUAACAACCUUGUUCUACUGAGUCAUCAGUGUUUAGGUGCGACACCUGAACAAAUACGUGAUGAAGUGGAAUUGCAUCGAUGUGAUUUCAAUGCUAGAAUGACAGAUAUUUUAAUUGGUACAGGGCAUGCAGUGUACUAUGGGUGCUUUUUACCAAUCAUUUUUGUACAGAAAGAACAUUUGUAUAUAGAUUACUUAUGGUGCCUUCAACACUGUUUACUGACCGCUCUAUUAGUCUUUUUGUUACGUUGGCAUUAUCUUCUACCAUAUGAUUAUAUUGAUUUAUUGCACCGAAGUUCUAUGCACUUGGGAAGUUGGGAGAGUGUACUGAUACGUAGCGGGUUGACACACACUACAGUAUGGUCAGCAUCUGUUGUUUAUCCAUGUGGAGCUAUAGUCAAGCAUAUGCGUGGCCUCUUUCGAUCAGUUGGAAUAAAUAAUUGUGCAGAGCCCGGCAGUGCGCUUCAUUCAAGGUUUUAUUCAAUUUUCAACAAUCCUCAACGUAUCAGUAGUAUCCUGUUGUGUCUUUCUUCAUCUAUUAUAUUGUACCAAUGUGCCGCUGCAUAUUUAAUGGUUGAAUGGUACAAGUUGAUUGGUUUGGUGAUCAACGGGUUAUUUUGCUUUAUUAAUUUCUACUUACAUUUACGUAAUUCCAUCCUAAUGCAGUUUGUUUAUUCAAAAGAACGGGAUAGUAGCUCUUCUUCUUCUCCUCCUACUUCUACUGCUUAUUGUUGUCUGUCUCAGAUGCCUGCCUCCACUUCCACUGUUGGUAGUGGUAUGUCUUCUGUUCCUUCUUUUAUUCAUUCUUCUAAUGUCAUCCCAUCAAGUCAUACUGGUGUCAACAUGAACGUAGUGUCGGCAACGAUGACCAACGAGUAGCAGCAUAUUAGUGGUUGUAGAAGUAUCUCAUAUGUGAAUAGCUUUUGUUACUUCUUGUUGUAAGGUUUCAUUUCCUUCUACUUUCCAUUGUUUUUGUCGUUAUACGUUUUUCUUUGAAGUAUAUGUCUUGUUUACAUGUACAGUAACUACUGAACUGUCUCCAAAUUAUUCAUAAAAAUGUUUGAAUAGCUAUUGAUACUUUCGUGUACCUUUUAUUUAACAAGUGUUUGUACGUCUGUUCACGCGCACAUGUAUCAGUACCUGUUGUGGUUUAUUGGUUUAGAUCUUCACUUUCAAUCAGCGACUUAGGAAGUUGAUUGAACUUGCUACAUCUGUCAAGGUGUCAGUCGAUUAGUAUAAUUAGUACACGUGGUUUAUUUCCUAAUUCAAGAAUACGCAUGCGUUUUUUGAGUUGUAGCGUAAUAAUGAUUGCUAGAUAAGAGCUGAGCAAUUGGUAACACUCGUUUAUAUAUAGCAUAUAGUUUAGUUGUGACUGUUUCGCCUUUGUAAUGUCUGCAUGAAUCAACAAUUGUGCACACGUUUGUGUAGGAUACUUGGAUUUACAUUCGUUGUGUUGUAUAUGAGGAUCAAUGAAUUAUGAAGCUGUUGGAUUUGAGCUUUUAAACAACUGAGUGUAUAUUUCAUGGAAACGAUGUUUACGCUGCUUGUUUGUAAAUUAAAGUUGUUUCUUUCAG